AGUAUUUGUUGCACAGAAAUGGCAGCGACCUUGCUCAGCGUGUGGCGUUCCUAAAAAUACAGUAUUUUGCUGGUAUUUCUAAAAUGCCUAUCUGUGAGUCAAACGAAAUAAAAAUUACGGUUUUUUAGUAUCGGUUUGUACAAAAUGAUCUCCCUCAUUAAGGCCGCUGUCGGCGGCUUGACGGUAAUCUCCAGAACUCACGGUCUCCAGCAAGCUCCUCUGCACAGCUAUUUGAAAAUCUGCGCUGCUGGGCUGAAGACAUUUCCAGUCAUUCCAGACUACAGCAAUGUUGUGCUGCCAGAGAAACCCAAACUGAAGUUUUUGAACAAGGUGCCCAACCUAAAAAAGGCCAAGAAAGAGAGAAAAAAGCUCCGGGAUAUCCAAGGACCGGCCAGGGCAGCAAAUACCUUCACUUGUGGGCAGUAUGCAAUCGUUGCUAUGGGCGGAGGCUACCUGCACUGGGGUCAUUUAGAGAUGAUCCGUCUAACAAUUAACCGGAAGAUAGAUGCCCACACGACAUUUGCCCGGUGGCGCAUCAAUGCCCCGUACAAGCCAAUCACACGUAAAGGCCUUGGCCAACGCAUGGGCGGCGGUAAAGGAGCCAUCGACCACUACGUGACACCGGUCCGGUAUGGACGUUUGAUCGUGGAGCUGGGAGGAAAGGUGGAGCUGGGGGAGAUUGAGCAUGUCUUGACUGAAGUGGCCAAGAAGCUGCCCUUUCCUGCUAAGGUAAUGAGCCGAGAGAGUCUGGAAGAAAUGCACAGAAAGCAGAAAGAGAUGGAGGAGAACAACCAGAAUCCCUGGACCUUCAAGCAGAUAGCCCAAGGCAACAUGAUGGGCAUCAGGAAGGUGCUUAGUCCAUUUGACCUGCGCAACAAUGGACGCUUUACAGGCAAAUUUCACUUUCCGGGGAGAGUGUGAGGGACCUGGGGAACAGCCGACAUCAUCCAGACCACAUGUCUGAAGACUCGACCUGGACUUUUUUACUCCCUCACUUUCAGAAACGACUUUCUUUUUUCAAUGACGCAUUUUGUUGAGUCUCUUUUUGUUUGUUUUGCUUAUGUAAACCAAUGACUUGUGUUUAUUACUAUCGAGCUAAUUGAUUCUGACUCAUAAUCAACAAAUAAAACAUGGGAUAAGUGAAAACAAAUAACAUCUCACUUAAUUCAUAGAAAAAUACAAAGCUAAUGAAAAUAUGAACAGAUAGGUUAAUCUGAUUAUUGAUAUGUCGGUGUGUUUUGUGGUAACUUUCAUUCUAUAUUGCAUAUAAAUAACAAAGAAAA